ACAAUUGGCAAAUUAAAGGAAAAAUCAUUUCAGUAUGCCUUUAUUUAAUAAAAAAUUUGAAUCGAAACCUAUACCACCGCGCACCUCACGAUGCAAUAAUGGCUGUCCUAUAGUGAAUGAAGAUUUAGAUGAUUACAAACAAAUUUCCUUGAAUUUGGGCAAUAAGGAGUUACGCUUUGCCGAUGGCAUAUGGAUACAUUCAUCACGUAAGGGUGAUGUGGAUGAAGUUAUUCGAUUAAAUCGGCGCCUGAAAUCACUAGAGGAAGAGAGCAAUAUGUCGGAUGUAAAAAUAGAGGUGCUAUUGGAUCUAUUGGCCGAGCAUGCUACAAUGAUCAAUGUUUUGAAAUCAAAUAAAGAGAAAUAAACUAAAAAAUUUAAACUUAA